UCUGUUACUAUUUAUUAAAUUUUGAAUAAUUCUGGGCUUGUUUGUUUCUUUUAUUAUUAUUAAGUCCACCGAUCUGCAGUAAAAAUUACUUUGUUAGAACUAUUUUCUGUUUUGGAGCUAGUUUAGAUAUGCUCUGUUCAUGACUUUGAUCUGGGCUUCUAUGAUGAUACUUUAUGAAUCCGUGUUGUUGAAGCGUUAGAUCUGUUGAAGCUCGUGGUUUUGGUGGCUGACUUGUUAAUGGGCGGGCCGUUGACUAUGUCAAUUUUGUUGCUUUUGUACAUGCUUUGUAUGAUGGGGUUAUUUUUGUAAAGAUGGUGUUAUUAAGAUGGAUAUUGAUACUUGGUGUAGUCACUUUAGAUAGAUGAGGACAUAUCUCAUAACUCGUUGUUUGGUUGUCUGGAUGGGCCUGUGGGACCUGGCCAACUUAUUAAAUACUCAUACUACAAGGUGUUUCAAGAAUCAUUCUUCAUGUCUUAAUUCUGUGCUCAUAGAGAUGGCUAAAAUCUGGGUUUGAGCUUAAGCCGAGGCCCACUUGAAUAUUUGGGCUAUUUUGAGGAUCCAUUUAUUUGUGUGUAUAGUUUUGAAAAAAGGAACAUUUAAAUCAUACAGCAUUCUCUGAAGAUGGAGGUUGAAAACCCUAAUCCUGUCAUGAAUAAUGAACUUGUCCCGAUGGAAGAUGCGCAGCCCAUGGAGACAGAGAUGCAACUCGACCUUUUUGAACCUGAAGCCAACCAUUCUGAAGAUCUUACACCGAUUGUUGAGCAGCAACCUACUAAACGUAGGAAAAAGAAGUCGGUUGUCUGGGAGCAUUUCACUAUCGAAACAGUUGGUACUGGAUGUAGGAGGGCAUGCUGUAAGCAAUGCAAACAGUCAUUUGCCUACAGCACAGGGAAUAAGGUAGCUGGAACGAGCCAUCUCAAGCGCCACAUUGCAAAGGGGACCUGCCCAGUAGUCCUGCGUAAUCAGGAGAGAAAUAACCAAUCCACCCCUUACAGCGCCCCUCCAAAGAUGAGCUCGUUUACUGAUACACCGAAGCGACGCUAUCGGACGGCUGCUGUGCCUUACAUUUCCUUUGAUGCUGACCGCUGCAGACACGAGAUUGCUAGGAUGAUUAUCAUGCACGACUACCCACUCCACAUGGUUGAACACCCUGGUUUCGUGGCAUUUGUUCAGAAUUUACAGCCUCGUUUCGAUAUGGUGAGCUUCAAUACUGUACAGGGGGACUGUGUGGCUACUUAUCUCCGGGAAAAAGCGAGCAUCCAGCGUGUGAUUGAGGGGGUACCCGGACGGAUCUGCCUUACAUUGGAUUUAUGGCCUUCAUCCAGAACUAUCGGCUACAUGUUUGUAAGUGGACAGUUCAUUGACAGUGACUGGAAGAUGCAUCGGAAACUUCUCAACGUGAUCAUGGAGCCUUAUCCUGAAUCAGACACUGCUUUCAGCCAUUCUGUUGCUGCUUGCCUAUCUGAUUGGAAUAUGGAUGGGAAGUUAUUUUCUGUAACCAUUAAUCAACCAUUGAACGAUGCUGCAGUAGACAAUAUGAGAGCUCUGCUAUCUGUGAAGAACCCAUUGGUGCUUGGUGGCCAGUUGUUGGUUGGAAACUGCCUUGCUCGUUCGUUGAGCAGAAUUGUUGAAGAUGCACUAGCUUCCGUGCACGGCCUUGUCAAGAAGAUAAGAGACAGUGUCAAGUACGUGAAGACAUCUGAAUCGCGCGAGGAGAAGUUCAUCGAGCUCAAGCUGCAACUGCAAGUGCCUAGCUCCAAGACUCUUGCUAUAGAUGACCAAACUCGGUGGAACACAACUUAUGAAAUGCUACUGGCCGCGUCGGAAUUGAAGGAAGUAUUCUCUUGUCUGGACACUACAGAUCCGGAUUACAAGGACGCCCCGACAGUAGAGGAUUUCCAGCAAGUAGAGAUACUCUGCACUUACUUGAAACCCCUGUUCGACACGGCUAAUCUUCUGACGACAGCGGCUACUCCAACGACAAACACCUUCUUUCACGAGGCGUGGAAGAUUCAAUUGGAACUGGCACGUGCUGCGUCCAGUGAAGAGCCGUUCGUCAGCACUCUCACAAAGUCUAUGCAAGAGAACUUCGACAAAUACUGGAAGAGCAGCUGUUUCAUUCUGGCCAUAGCUGUAGUCAUGGAUCCACGGUUCAAGCUGAAACUCGUCGAGUUCAGCUUCUCCAAAAUAUACGGUGACGACUCUGCCGCGUAUGUGAAGAUUGUCGAUGAGGGGAUCCACGAGCUGUUCCUCGAAUACGUAGCUCUCCCCCUGCCUCUCACUCCUGCUUACGCUGAGGCAAUGAACGGCCAAACUGCCAAGCCCGAGGAUCAUCAAGGAAUUGGAACCAACGGUCUAGGGUUAACAGAUUUCGACGUUUACAUAAUGGAGACUACGAGCCAGCUCGCCAAGUCGGAGCUGGACCAGUAUCUGGAGGAGUCGCUGUUGCCACGGGUGCACGAAUUCGACGUGGUGGGGUGGUGGAAGGUGAACAGGAUGAAGUAUCCGACGCUCUCGAAGAUGGCCCGUGAUAUACUGUCGAUCCCGGUUUGUACGGUGCCGGCAGCAUCAGUGUUCGACACGGUACGGAAGGAGAUGGAUAGCUACCGGUGCUCGUUGCGGCCGGAGACGGUGGAGGCCCUCAUCUGCGCCAAGGAUUGGCUUCAGACGGAGAGCGUUGAGGCUCCAACGGCACUAGUGAAGGUGGAAGUCCCAAUCUAGUGAUUGGAUGUGUAUGGUGUUGCUUAGGUAGAGAGAGGUGUUCGUUUAUCUUAUUGUUGAAUUAAAUGAUUCCGUCACAUCUUCAAACUUAUAUUGUACAAUACCUCAUAACUUUCCUAGAUUUAUUAAUUAGCUCGCGUAUAUUCUUUCUUUUGAUAAA